CAGGCUGGGCAGAGGCGCGCGCGCAGGCGGACUGAGCGGCGGCGGCGGCGGCGCCAGGCAGCCUCGCCAUCCUCGCCGGGCCGCGCCAGCGAGCGAGGGCCGCCCUCCGUCAGCCGCGAUGCCGCUCGGGCGGAGGCAGCUGCCGGAGCCCCGCUGAAGGGGACCGCAGCCACCAUGGGCGAGAGGUCCCCGCCUCCGGCUGGCCGGCGGACCCGGCUGGUCUCCUCGCUGGUGCUGGGGCAGCGCGCCUGCGAGGUCGCCCUGGACCCGGAGAGAGGCGCCUUGGAGUGGACGGAGCAGCCGCAGCCGCGCGGGGGGAAAGAGAGCUGCGCCGUGCCCAUAUCUGAGAUUAUUGCUGUCGAGGAAACAGAAAUCGAUAAGAAACAAUCUAAUAGUGGGAAAUGGCAGAAAAUGGCAAAGCCGCAUGCAUUCACAGUGCACUAUGUGAAGAGAGUACAUAAUCACCGCUGGCGGUGCAAAGACGUAACCUUCUGGUGCAUUAAUGAGCAACUGUGUAAUCAGUGGAUGCAUGCGCUCAGAGAAUUACUUGAUUUGCAGACCUCUAGACCAAAGCACUUGCUUGUAUAUAUUAAUCCGUACGGUGGGAAAAAACAAGGAGAGAAGAUCUAUGAACAAAAGGUAGCUCCAUUGUUUAGCCUAGCCUCCAUUUCAACAGAUGUUAUAGUCACUGAACGUGCUAAUCACGCUAGGGAUAACUUACUUGAAGUUAAUCUAGAGAAAUACGAUGGUGUUGUUUGUGUUGGUGGGGACGGCAUGUUCAAUGAAGUGAUGCAUGGUUUGAUUGGAAAGACGCAGAAGGAUUCUGGCAUAGAUCAAAAUAACCCCAAAGCACCAUUAGUCCAAUGCAAUAUCAGGAUUGGCAUAAUCCCGGCUGGUUCAACGGACUGCGUUUGCUAUUCAACGGUUGGCAUCAAUGAUCCAGUAACUUCAGCCUUGCACAUCAUUGUGGGAGACACUCAGCCUCUCGAUGUCUCUUCAGUGCAUCACCACGACACGUUACUGAAAUAUUUUGUCUCCCUCUUGGGGUAUGGUUUUUACGGCGAUAUAUUGAAAGACAGCGAGGGGAAACGCUGGAUGGGACCCGUCAGAUACGACCUCUCAGGUUUCAAGACCUUUCUCUCUCAUCAUUACUACGAGGGAACAAUAUCCCUUCUACCAGCAUCACACGCAGUGGGGUCUCCAAGAGAUAAGAAGCACUGCAGAAGUGGGUGCCACAUUUGCAAGCAGAGUAAACAACAGCUGGAGAUAGAGCAGAAGAAGAAUGGGGGAGAGAUUAAAGGGGAUGACGAAGGAGAAUGGAAGGUCAUCAGAGGAAAGUUUCUGGCCAUCAACACCGCAAAUAUCAGUUGCGCCUGCCCACGGAGCCCGAAAGGCCUUGCACCAGCUGCUCACUUGGCAGACGGCUCGGCAGACCUCAUUCUGGUUCGCAAAUGCUCCCGAUUCAAUUUCCUAAGGUAUCUCAUCAGGCACACGAACCGGGAUGACCAGUUUGACUUCAGCUUUGUGGAGGUUUAUCGGAUCAAGAAGUUUCAGUUCACAUCGAAACAUUUAGAGGACGGUGACUGCGAUGCCAAGAAAAUGCAGAAGAAUCGCUUUGGCCAUUUCUGCAGAGACCACCCUGCUUGCUGUUGCAUUCCUCCCAGCAGCACCUGGAACUGCGACGGAGAGACCCUGGAUUGUUCAACAAUUGAAGUCAUGGUCCACUGCCAACUCAUAAAACUGUUUGCAAGAGGAAUAGAGAGGAACUCCACACUCGAAUCAAUUCAGAGGCAGCUCUGCUGAGCAAGUUAACCGAAGCCCGUUCUCCAUAAAACAAAACGAAAGCAAGCAACAGAAGGCAACCGCCUGGACAAACAAGCGUCUCAGGCCCGUCAAUAAACGUUUUAAAGCCGAA